AUGAUAUCAAAGAGAGCAUUCAACUUAUUUAGUAAGAGUGCGACUAUUAGUAAUCAACCUUACGAUAUUUUAAUCGUUGGCGGUGGUCCUGCUGGAUUAGCUUUGGCUUCUUCUUUGGGAUCAAAUGAUAGCCUGAAAUACCUCAAGAUUGGUUUGAUAGAAGCAAACUCAUUGGACAAUGUUAGAACUUACAAUUCUAAUGGAUUAUCUGCCUAUUCUAAUAGAUGUUCUUCUAUCAGCGCGUCUAAUUUCAAUAAUUUGAAGAGUAUCGGCGUUUUAGAUGGACUGGAUCUGUCACGCGUAUCACCAGUCAAUAAUAUGCAGGUUUGGGAUGGUAGAACCGACGCUAGGAUUACAUUUGGUAGACAAAUAGACGACGAGGAUUUGCCUUUAAUUAAGGAUAAUACCACGUUGUCAUACAUGAUGGAAAAUACAAACCUACAACAUGCAUUCUUGAAGCACAUUGAAGGCUCUACAUCAAUAGAAUUACUUGAAUCAUCAAAGAUCAGCUCGAUUGAGCGCGAUAAUGAGUGGCCACGUGUACAACUCGAGAAUGGAACAUCCCUACGGACUCGUUUACUCAUUGGUGCUGAUGGAUUCAACUCACCUGUUCGUAAAUUCGCUAGUAUUGACUCAUUUGGAUGGGCUUACAAUGCGGCUGGAUUUGUAUCAACUUUGAAGACACACCCGUCUAAUACCAUAAGUCAUUCAUCACGUACUGCUUUCCAAAGAUUCUUACCUAGCGGUCCAAUUGCAUAUUUACCUCUCCCUGACAGAUCUGCGUCAAUGGUUUGGUCAACUACACCAGAAAUGGCGAAGAAAUUCAAGCAAAUCGACUCGAGAGUUCUGGUCUUGUUAAUAAACGCUGCAUUUAGAUUCAGCGAUGAUGUAUUGAAGAUACUCUAUAGCAAGAUUGACCUUGAAUAUGAUAGUUUCUUCUCCUUAAUCAAAGAGGUAGAAAUUGCAGAAGGUAUUGAUAUGACGACAUCAAGACAAAUUAGUGAGUUAUCAAACCAAGACGGAAUACCACCAAGUGAUCAUGAAUUAUAUCCACCUUUGGUGACCUCUAUUGAGGAAGGUUCACAAGCAUCUUUCCCUCUCAAAAUGAAUCACGUCGAUGGUUAUGACGCCUCAAGGGUUGCUUUGGUUGGUGAUGCCGCUCAUAGUUGCCAUCCACUCGCCGGUCAGGGAUUGAAUCUUGGAUUGGCCGAUGUACAAUCACUCACAUCAGUACUUUCAGAAGGACGUAGAUAUGGUGGUGAUAUUGGAUCAAAAACGGUAUUAGAGAGGUACACGAGAGAUAGAUACAUACAAAAUAUGAUGAUGUUGAGCGCGACAGACAAACUCAACGCAUUAUUCAAAGUAAACGAUGGCAAUCCAUUGGUAGAACUCCGUAGUAUAGGUUUAGAAACUUUAAAUGAGAUAGAUUCAUUAAAGGAUCUUUUAAUGAAGCAAGCCGGUACGACAGGCAACUUUGAAGACAGUGGUAGGGGAAGUAGAGGUGUGAAUUUUAUCGCAGAUGGAAUUGAAGGUGUUGGAAAGGCGGUAAAUAUGUUCAGCGCGGUUGCAAGGCAACUUGGUAAUAUCGGAGAAGCGAAAAUAGCAGAAAUUGUUGAUAACAAACGAUAGAGGGAAUUUCAUUCAUUCAUUUGAUUCGACUAUAGGAUAUGUUUUGUGCGAUAAAGAGAUAUAAUAACGAAAGAAAGAUUGCUUAAAGAGAGUUCAUUUGCGCGAUAACUUCAUCCAAUUCACGUUUCAUAGCAGCUAACUUUUCUUGUGAGUCCUCGUACUUCUUCUCCCAACCGUCACGCUCUUGCUCGACGCGUUGUACUUGACGCUCAAAGUGUUCUGCUUUUACGUCAACUUGGCGGAGCUUUUCAGUGACGUCCUUGAGGUUUUUCUCAGCGUUGUCAAGCUCAUCCUCCAAUAAAGCGAUCUUGCGCUGCAAACCCUCGGCGUUCGUGCGGUGGGCGUCGUCUUCAUCUCUGAAGCCCUUCAAGUCGGUGAGACGACCUUCGAGGUUCUCGUUGUCAGUCUCAGCCAAACCAAGCUUGUGCUGAAGGGUUUGGACUUCUUGCUCUCUUACGAGGGAUUCCUGUUCGAGCUUCUUUAUUCUCUCCUCUGCGACUUCAGCUCUUUCGAGGUUAGUGUCGGCUUCAGCACGGAGGUUGUUGAGUUUCU